AUGGCUCCAGUAUUCACUAAUUCAAACGGUCAACCAAUCCCAGAACCAUUUGCUACUCAAAGAGUUGGUAAACAUGGUCCAUUAUUAUUACAAGAUUUCAACUUGAUUGAUUCUUUAGCUCAUUUUGACAGAGAAAGAAUUCCAGAAAGAGUUGUCCACGCGAAAGGUUCUGGUGCUUAUGGUGUCUUUGAAGUUACUGAUGAUAUCACCGAUGUUUGUGGUUCCGCCUUUUUAGACACUGUUGGUAAGAAGACUAAGAUUUUCACAAGAUUCUCCACUGUUGGUGGUGAAGCUGGUUCUGCUGAUACCGCAAGAGAUCCAAGAGGUUUUGCUACUAAGUUCUAUACCGAAGAAGGUAACUUGGAUUUAGUUUACAACAACACUCCAAUUUUCUUCAUUAGAGAUCCAUCUAAAUUCCCUCACUUUAUCCAUACCCAAAAGAGAAACCCAGAAACUCACUUGAAGGAUCCAGAUAUGUUUUGGGAUUACUUAACUUCCAACCCAGAAUCUACUCACCAAGUUAUGAUUUUAUUCUCUGAUAGAGGUACUCCAGCUUCUUAUAGAGAAAUGAAUGGUUAUUCUGGUCACACCUAUAAAUGGGCCAACAAGAAGGGUGAAUGGCACUAUGUCCAAGUUCAUUUCAUCAGUGACCAAGGUAUUAAGACCUUAUCUGUUGAAGAAGCCGGUGCAUUAGCUGGAUCUAACCCAGACUAUGCUCAAGAAGAUUUAUUCAAGAAUAUUGCUGCUGGUAAUUUCCCAUCUUGGACCUGUUAUAUUCAAACCAUGACUCAAGAACAAGCUAAACAAGCUCCAUUCUCUGUAUUUGAUUUAACUAAAGUUUGGCCUCACAAGGAUUAUCCAAUGAGAAGAUUUGGUAGAUUCACCCUUAAUGAAAACCCAAAGAAUUAUUUUGCUGAAGUUGAACAAGCUGCUUUCUCUCCAGCUCACACUGUCCCAUACAUGGAACCAUCCGCUGAUCCAGUCUUACAAUCCAGAUUAUUCUCGUACUCUGAUACUCAUAGACACAGAUUGGGUACUAACUACACUCAAAUCCCAGUCAAUUGUCCAGUCACCGGUGCUGUUUUCAACCCACAUCAACGUGAUGGUCAUAUGAAUAUUAAUGGUAACUUGGGUGCUUGUCCAAACUAUUUAGCUUCUGACAAACCACUUGAAUUUAAACAAUUUUCAUUACAAGAAGAGCAAGAAAUUUGGGAAGGUGCUGCUACUCCAUUCCACUGGAAAUGUACUGAAAAUGAUUUCGACCAAGCUACUGCUUUAUGGCAUGUUUUGAAGAGAUAUCCUAAUCAACAAGAACAUUUAGCUCAUAAUGUUGCUGUUCAUGUUGCUGGCGCAAAUCCACAAAUUCAAGAUCGUGUAUUUGAAUAUUUCGGUAGAGUUCAUCCUGACUUAAGUGCUCUUAUUAAGAAGGAAGUUUUAGAAUUAUCACCAAGAAAGUAA